AUGUCCAAAAAGAAACAACCAUGCCGUUUGUUCCACCGGCCCGGAGGCUGUCGUUAUGGAGCCUCCUGCAGAUUCUCCCAUGCAACUCCUCUGGCCUCCUCGACCGAGACUCCUCGCCGCCCAACUCAAGACAAGAAUCGCGGCCUAUCCAACACUGAGGUUGAGUUCCGUAACUGGAGGUUCAUGAUUCCGAUGGACGGUAACCGACUCGCACCUCUGGGUCCCCAACUUUCAACAUUCCUCCGAAAGGGCGCUGAACUGGUAGCCUCUGAUCCAGGAAUUCGCCAGGAUGUAAUCUCUCGACUGGCGUCUACUGGCGGUUUGGCGCGCGUUCGGGAGCUAGCGGAGCAAGACUUUUCAUCGCUCGGUGACAGUAUGAAGCUUCGCAAGUUCCUCAGCCACCAUGUCCCGUUCUUCCAGAUCAUCACCCAUCCUGAUGUACUUUGCUCUAUCCUCUUGGAGCAACCGCUCGGUGACCUGUUCACCUUCCUCUACGGCAUCAAUGGCCAAAGAGCUGUUGCGGUCUUCUCCUUCAUUGCUCAAGUUCUCCCGGACACCAUCGCCACCACAUUGCCCGCUACAUCUCCCUCAAGGGAAGAGAUUUUCCAGCUCACCUUCUUUGCCCUGGCCAAAGUCAUCGACAUUAAUGGCAGUGCUCAGAUUAACCCCGACAUUGUCAACCUUACCGGAGUCUUCUCAGUCUUGCUCACACAAAUCCAGCAGCGACUGGGAAUUGGAGACGCAAUACCGGAAUUCACCGCCAAGCCUAAGAGUACAGCCAAGCAGACGUCUUUUGGUAUUCCGAUUGACCCGCCGGGCCACCUCUCACCCCAAGGACCGCGUCACAACAACGACCAUGCGGAUAUACAAAAAAUCGAGGUGCUUCCAACUUGGCAAGAGGUCCAAUCGCUGAGACCGGAGUACCUUCCUGUGAAGGAUCCAUCCACGUGGCACAAGCCUGGAAUCCAAGGUCUUCUCGACAGAAACUUCCGGCUACUUCGAGAGGAUACUGUCGGUCAGCUUCGGGAUGUCAUUCAGGCCGAGCUGGCGCGCAUGCAAAACCCUGGCAACAGUGCGAUUGGCUACAACAAGAAUCAGCAAGGUGUUCGCACUUACACAUAUCACGGCACUGGUCUUCUGCUCUUCUGUUCGGUGGUCACCGAGGCGACGGCGGCGGCGGCGGCGAAGCCGAGUGCAACUUCCAAUGAUGCUGGCGACGAGGCGGUUAGGGCGAAAGAACGGAGUCUCCAUUCAGACAGCGAAACCGCAUAUCUGAGGCUGUGCUUGGUUGAGCAGAGUGACGAACACAUUGACAACCUUUUGCGUCGCUCGUGGAACUCCCGUCAAAUGUGCCUGGUCGAAUUCCCAGGUGUGCUCUUGCCGGCCUUCCAGCCCACACUCAAAGCUUUACAACAGAUGUCAUCCGGUGAUGUUCCAUUCUCCGAAUUCCUUGCACCAAGCCAAGAGGUAUCAGGUGUUGUGCGCGUUCCGCCGCCCGCCUAUUCCAGACGCCCUAAUUUCAAUUUCAAUCUUCGCAGCAUCACCAAUGGAACUAGGACGAUUCAGCUCUCGCCCCAGGGAGAAUUCCGCACCAGUGAGCUGGUUGAAAACUCCUCACUCGAUGAUGCACAAGCAAAAGCAGUGGUAGACUCGCUCACGCAUAGUUUCGCACUCAUCCAAGGUCCACCCGGCACCGGAAAAAGCUAUACUGGCGUCGCUUUAAUCAAGGCUCUUCUCGAAAAUCGCAAGGCGGCAAACCUCGGUCCCAUCGUGUGCGUCUGCUAUACCAACCACGCACUCGACCAGCUUCUUGAGCAUUUGGUGGACGCGAACGUUCCUCAGAUUAUCAGAGUCGGAUCACGGUCGAAGUCUGAGGUAUUGCGGCCUCUCCUUCUUCGCGAGGUCUCUAAGAAAUUGGACAAAACCAAAGCUGAGAAGGCCGCUGCUUGGGAGCUCCGGACUGUGAUGGAGACAGACGAGAAGGAGAUCGAUGAUCUCAUUUCUGCCCUUGACAAUGCAGACUCGUGGAUGUUGAUCAAAAACUAUCUCCAGCAAUACUCCCCACACCAACAUGAUGAUAUCUUCGGCUCUACCUUUGAUGAAGACGGCUUCAUGUUGCCGGACAGGGACUCAAAGAGAGACCUUUCUCGUUGGCUUCGUGGGGGAUUUUCGCUCAACUCAAACCAGCCAGAGCGUACCAUCUCUGCCCUCCAAUCUGCUCCAGUCUUGUCUUUGUCACGUAGUGAAAGACAAAAGCUCCAUCGCUACUGGGUCAAUCAGUCGCGCGAUAGCGCACGUCGCAAUCUGGUGCACGCCUUGCGCGAAUACAACAAUCGAAGAACCAAGUACCAGCGCAACCACUUGGAAAUGGAUCUUCGCUGUCUUCAAGAGGCACACAUCAUCGGUAUUACCACGAGCGGCCUUGCACGUAACCUUGAAAUCCUUCGUCGUGUUAGGGCAAAGGUCAUGAUCUGCGAAGAGGCUGGUGAAGUUCUGGAAUCGCACACACUCACUGCGAUGCUUCCUUCGGUCGAACAUGCAAUCCUAAUUGGAGACCAUGAGCAGCUGCGACCUCAAAUUCAGCGCUACGACCUGGGAAGAGAGCACCCUCGUGGCGAGCAGUACUCGCUGGACGUAUCCCUCUUCGAAAGGCUGGUACACCCGAACGAUGACACGGCAAUCCAUUUACCUUACAUCACCCUCGAGACACAGCGCAGAAUGCACCCGAUGAUCUCUCGGCUUGUUCGCGAGACCAUCUACCCAAAUCUCCAGGAUGCACAGUCAACAGCCAAUUACCCAUUGGUUCCGGGCAUGAAGGAUCGACUGUUCUGGUUUGACCAUCGCGAGUACGAAGCUGAUGCGGACCAGUCUCAGUCGACAAGCCGUAGCAAUGACUUCGAAGUUUCCAUGACGUUGGGCCUUGUAUCACACUUGAUGAAGCAAGGUGUCUACCGUGCUGAAGACAUUGCUGUGCUAACUCCUUAUCUGGGGCAGCUUCACAAACUACGUACCAGGCUCGGUCAGAUGUGGGAGCUUAUCAUCAACGACAGGGAUCUUGACGAUCUUGAGAAAGCAGGAAUCUCGAAUGAACAAGUUAGCAAGACAUCCGCUCUUAAUGCGCUGAAAGUUGCAACGAUCGACAACUUCCAAGGCGAGGAGGCAAAAGUUGUCGUCAUUUCCCUUGUCCGCUCCAACAAGAUGAACAACUGCGGUUUCUUGAAGACAUCAAACAGGAUAAAUGUGCUUCUAUCACGCGCACAGCAUGGCAUGUUCAUCAUUGGAAAUUCAGAGACUGCAGGAAGCGUCCAAAUGUGGGCGGAUGUUCUCGACAUCUUGCGUACCAGCAGGCAAAUUGGCAAUGCCUUCGAGCUUCAAUGUCCCCGUCAUCCGGAUAAGCUAAUCAAAGCUGCAAAGCCGGACGACUUCACUCAGUUCUCUCCUGAAGGAGGGUGCAACCUCAAGUUCUGCCAAAUUUGCGCUGCCGAUAGCGUCAAGGACCAACAAGUCGACUUCAUCGAGAUGCUUACUUACAGAGAAGUGGACCUUGAUGAGGAUCCCUGCCUUUUCCCUCCAUGCGGUCACGUCAUGACAAUGGCCAACAUGGACGGUCACAUGGACAUGUCCAAGCACUACCUCACGGCACCGGAUGGGAGUAUCGCCAGAUACGGACGUAUCAUCCGCCGUGCACUGUUGGACGAGUCAACCAAGAAGUUCAUCCUCUGGUCCCAGAACGAUUAUCACCGACUCCAGACGCGGUUCCAGGACGCACACUCAGAGCUCACCAGUACAGCCGAUGCAGUCUUUGUCCGCGUAGCCUUCCAGAUGGGGCUCAAGAUAGCAACAGGUGGACCCUCAGUCCAUUUCAAGUCUAUGAAAGCAGCAGCCAACACGCUGUCGCUCGAAGGCCGUUACAGAACCAUUUUCUCCCUCCGCAGCCAGAUCCACACGCACGUCAAUCGGGUUCAGCACGAAGAGCAGCCCUUCCGCAAGGUCCACGACUUCUGCCAAGACGCCCGGCGCAGGCGCGAGGUGCAAGGCUCCUUCACCUUCUCCGAAGAAGUCCUGCAAACGCGCGCCCACCUCCUCGCCUCCUCGCUCCUCAUCCGCUGCGACCUCGCCAUCCUCUCCGACCUCGUAGCCAUCUGGCGUGACAAGCUGCCCGCCCACCUACGUGAGGACAGCGCCAUCGACCUCUCCGGCAACCGCCUUCGCUGCCUCGAACUCCUCCAAGAAGCAGACGCCACGGACAGCCCCGCGCAGAAAGUCGAAGCCCUCCUCUUCUACGCGCAGCACAACGCCAUCGAGCGCCUCUUCGCCGCUACUCCGCCCAAGCAAGAACAACUCCGCGAAGAAGCCCUCGCCCACGUCGCGACCGCGCGCAAGAUCUGCGCCGCGCACCCGGGCACAACCGGCGGCCUGCUGGACGAGGUCGACGCGGUGGGCAAGAUGCUGCGCGGAGACACGUUCUUCAGCGUCGUCACGUCCGAAGAACGUCGCGCGGUGUUGGCGGCCAUGGCGACGGAGUUCCGUGGCACGGGGCACUGGUAUUACUGCCAGAAUGGCCAUCCGUUUACCGUUGGCGAGUGCGGGAUGCCGAUGCAGUUGGCGAGGUGCCCGCAGUGCGGCGCCGCGGCUGGUGGGGCGAAUCAUCAGCCUGCGGAGGGAGUGAGCAGGGCGGAGGAUUUGGAGAGGGAGUUGAGGGAUCUGCAUUUGUGA